UAAUGUGUCGCUCUGGUGUUAAAUCGAUUAUAUUCCUCGUAGACGUGCAGCGGGGACAUUGAGCACAGGGUAUCGAUGCCUCUUGAUGUGGUUGGGCACCUUCCUGUAUAAUCUAGGUGCUGUUGCUAGGUUACAAAGUGGUGUGCAGUAUAAACUGUUUCAUAAGGUGGUAGUCAUAAUUUGAUUUGAGAUUGAGGGAUAAUUAAAUUACGAACGUGAAAGUUGUUGAAGGUCUUUGCCGACGGACCAUUUUCUAAUGUGUGCUCCUCGCCUCUGCUUUCAGCCAGAGGACAUGGGGAACUGCCCCAUCGGAUGUCGAUCCAAUCUGACCGUCUUGGAAAACCCACCUGAAACCUACGGAUCACCACCCUCCCAGGGCAGUGUGCUGGUAUCCCUCUGUAACUACCCAUCCUUUGAGCACACGGGGUGGACCAUGUGUGCUGGGGAACGGCUCACCGUCAUGUCAGAUGACGGUGAUUUCAUGAUGGUGAGAUCCUCAACCACGGGCGGAGAGAGCUACAUCCCCACCAACUACACGGCCAGGGUCACACACAGGUGGCUGUUCACGGGCAUCAGCAGGUACAAAGCAGUGGAGCUGCUCAUGCUGCCCAAUAACGACACCGGAGCCUUCUUGAUUCGAGAGUCAGAGACAAGCAAAGAUUGUUACUCGCUGUCUGUCCUGAGGAGGACCGACUCGUCGUACCUGGACUGUGUCAAGCACUACCGCAUCUCUCACAUCCAAAACGGCUGGCUCUACAUCUCCCCGGGAGUCACCUUCCCCAGCCUGCAUCAACUGGUGCAACACUAUUCAGAGUCGGAUGGACUGUGCUGUCGGCUGACGGAGCCUUGCUUCAUCCAGGGGUUAGACGACACCAGAGAGGCCCGGCCCAAGCCCACAGCCAUCAGGAGGCCGACUAUCAACUGGAAGGACAUCAGCAGGUCAGUGAUCCUCGGGAGGACGAGAACAGAGUCCGACAACUCUCUGGUGAGUGAGGGGCUGAGGGAGGCCAUCGCCUCCUACCUCCAGAUGACCGAUGGCAACGACCACAGCUGGGACACCUGAGGAGAGACGACGGAUCAGUCCGAGAGGAAAGAAGUCGGAUGGAUAUAGUGGAGUCGGACACCGUCCUGUCUCAUCUGCAGCAUGGGGCGAGCCGUUAGAAGAAGAGGGCCCUCUGCACGACCACAUGUAGACUGUGCAGACCGCCCCGGAUCGGCAGCAGAGCUGAGACACUACAAUGAUUGGAGUUGGUGACGUGCAUGUCAGAAAGAAGACAGUUUCUACAGUCACACGGGGAGGGAGAGGACAUUUAAAGCCGUUGACAUUGUUGUUCUCAUUUAGUUUGAAAGUUGAAUGUUUCUCUUAAUUUAUAUACUAAUAUAUGCACAUGUUGUUUGAAUGCAUUCUGAUGAAUUAUAUGUUAAUUAUUUCGUAAUAGGAUUAUUGUCAUGGUUGUUGGAAUCCAAUAGAAAACUAAUUUUAAAAAAGUUAGCUAUGUGAUAAAUGAGCAUCGGAUAAUAAAAAAUAUAUAA